AUCAAAUCAAAUAGCCAAACAAAACAGACGUGGAAAUUGGAAAAAUCCAAAUAAAUCCAAAAUUUUCCCUAAAGAAAAGGAAACAGAGAGAGAGAAGAAAAACAGAGUGAUUUAUCAUUUAUUUAGAGGGAGAGAGAUCAAAUCAAAGUGAGUCAAUUUCCGUUUUGAAUUCCAACCGCUCCAACCCAAUUUGAUUCCUCUUUCACCAAUUUUCAAAACCCUCUUUUAUAAAAGCCAUCAUCUAUCUUCUCUUCUCCCUUCAAUGCUCAUCCAUUUCUGGUUUUCCCUUAUCCCCAUAAUCAUCAUCAUCAUCAUUCAUGCUUUGCUUAACCACCCCUAUCCUCUGAUCUUCUCACAUACCCAUUUCCCUUCUCUUCAAUUUCAAUCCUUCAUUCAUAAUCAUUCACUUCCCUUCACGGCUUCACCUAAACACCGUUCCUCUUUACCUUCUCACAAUCCCCUGUUUUCUCCUCUGUUUUUCCCCUGUUUAUAGUAAGAAACCUGAAAGUUGAAAUUGAAAUUCCCGUGAUUGUCCAAUUCAACGGAUUGAAUUGAACCCAAUCCCCAUCUGGGUUUUCCAAAAAGUUUCCAAUUUUGGAGGAAACACAUCAUGGGGGUUCAAAACGACAGGGUGAAAUUCAACGUGGGAGGCAGAGUUUUGGAAACAACAGCAACAACGCUCGCCAAUGCAGGGCGCAAUUCCAUGUUGGGCGCAAUGUUGGACGAGAAUUGGGAUCUCUUGCCGGAUAACGGGAGCGUGAAAUUCAUCGAUCGCAACCCGGAUUGCUUCGCUGUUCUCCUGGAUCUGCUCCGAACCGGCGAGCUUUACAUCCCGCCGAACCUCCCGGAGAAGCUUCUCUACAGGGAGGCCUUGUACUACGGCGUUCUCGACCACGUUCGUACUGCGAAGUGGGGCCAAUUCGACGGCAACAGGUUGAGGUUGUCUCGGUCAGUGCAGGGACAAGCACCUGGCGAUGGAACCGCCAUUCGAGCUGGGCCUGAUGGUGGUUGUUGUGUAGCACAUGGUUCCAUGGUUCAUGUUUAUAAUUGGAUGUUAGAUGAACACCCUCCUCUUAAUCUUGAUUACCAGAGAGUUAAUGAUGUUGGUUGGGUUGACCCGGAUAAUAUAGUCAUCGGAGUCAGCGAAAGGCUUGGUCGUGGUGAUGGUGGGAUGGGUCUGUUUACCUCACAUACAGGGGAGCUAAGGUACAAGUUUCAGGUUAGUCAUGAGAAUCAGGUGAAGAGUUACACUGCUGGUGCUUUGAGUUUCAGUUCUGAUUACAAGAUAUUUUCUAGCUGUAAAGGGAGGAGCAAUGAAUAUGGAGUUGGUGUUUGGGACCAGGUUACAGGGAAGCAAAUUGAUUUUUUCUAUGAGCCUGUAGGUUGGUCUCUUGGUGAUGCUGAUAGGCUUCAAUGGAUGGAAGGUAGCAACUGUUUGUUAGUUGCUACAAUGUUUCCUAGGAAGGACAACUGUUACAUUAGUCUUUUGGAUUUCAGACAGAAGAGGAUGGUGUGGUGUUGGUCCGACGUGGGAGCUCCGUUGGCCGUGGAUGAGAAGCGGGUGAGGGACGCCAUCGCGAUGGAGGACAAUAACUCCAUUUGUGUGGUGAAUGAGUUUGAGGACUUGGGGUUCAUGGAUUUGAGAAGCUCGGCCGCCGCGAGCGUUAGGUGGAGCUCCAGGAGUAGGUUGAUGAAGGGGAAGAUGCCUGAGGAACCAUGUUACCCUAAAUUGGCUUUGCAUGGAGGACAACUUUUCUCCUCCAUGAAUGAUUGCAUUUCUGUGUUCUGUGGCCCUGAGUGGGUUUUGACGUCCAGGCUCCGGCGGAGCUAUGGUGGUUCGAUAUGUGACUUUUCCAUUGGAGGGGAUAGGCUUUUCGCGCUUCAUAGUGAGGAGAAUGUGUUUGAUAUAUGGGAGACUCCAACACCUCCAAUCAUAUGAUUUAGUUUAUACAACAGCUUGUUUAGUUUUUAUGGUUAGUUUUCCCAUAACCAGAUUGCUUCUGCAAUUUACUAUAUAGUGCUGAGUCUAGACCUUGUAUAUACACGAGAUUGAGUAGUAUUUAACCUGGCAUACAUUGUAUAAUUGUAUUGUAGCUUUACCACUACUAUAGCUUAAAGGUGUAAUGGGGUUUGUGCAUAUCAACAGAGAAGAUUAUAUAAGGAUUGCUUAUUUUCCUUCA